AUGGCAACUGAAGACCCCGGAGACGUCAUCUAUCUGUCUAGCGGCGAUGAAGCCGAGGCCGAAGCUCAGGCCGCAGCUACAAAGAAGAGGUCCCUCGAAGAUGCAUCUGACGCAAAGGAAGCCUCUUCAGCGCCCGAAGCUAAGCGCUUGAGGAAGAAUGGACCUGUCACGCGCUCCUCCGCGAGCAAAAACUUGUCAGAUGAAGAUCAGAAAUCUUCAAAUGGCUCGUUAAAUACUGGUGACACUUCCACUGGGGACUCCGUACCUGGAGGUUCAGACAACAUUCCCGACUUCAAGCAUUUGGAAUGGAGCUUCAAGUUACCCGACACUUCCGACAACAAGAGUGGCUCCUGGCUCAAAAGAUUCCAGGUCUGGGUUAAAGCAUUUGUGAAAACGAAUUCAGCCAUAAGUCAAGGUAUCGACGUGCAUGUAGCUGAAGCUGCUUACGCUUGGUACAUUGAUCACCUUAAAGGAAUAAAACCGAAGAAGAAAAAGAGUGCUAAGCAAAUCGCGAAAGAGUUUGAAAGCACUGGCGAACUUGAUGCUCUCCUCAAAAAUAUCCUACCCAAGGGGCCUGGACCUAAUCAGCCGACCUUGGACACUUGGGUCAAAAAGCAACCUAGCAAGGAACCCGUUCGUAAAGGCAAACGCUCUCGCGGUUCUAGUGUAAGCGAGGGAGAGAUUGAUGAAGACGAGUCCGAGAGCGAAGCUGAAUACGAACCAACACUCAGCACAGCUGAAAGGAAAGAAGAAGACGUCAAAGAAGCCAAUGGUGACUCGGCAUCCAAAGUUUUAAAUCACCACCAGAGUUUGCCGAUAAUCGAGACGCACAGGAGAGUUCCUACCGGAAACGAUGCAUUGGAGCAACAGCGAAGAUACUUCCCAUCAGCCAGUGAUCCUGCCCAGAUGUGUCUUCUCUGUGGCUUGAACACGCACUUGGCGCCGAGCUGUCCAACGCUUGUCUGCUCAUGUGGAAGUCUGGACCACUCGAUCGUGUGCUGCCCCGAGAAGGAAAGGUGCAGGAAAUGCCGUCAAGUUGGCCACCAAACAAGCGGCUGCACUGAGAAGUUGGCAUUGACCAAAGAGGAAGGACUUGCUUGUGUGUUUUGCAAUUCAACGGAUCACCUUGAAGAGCAGUGCACGGAAGUGUGGCGAUCGUUUCACCCACAUGUGUCUGUGGUCAGAAAGGUCGCGUUUAUUCCUGCAUCGUGUUCUAUGUGUGGAAGUGAUGGGCACUUUUCCUCGGAUUGCAAGCCUCAACGCAAUGAUAUGUCUAACCCCACCUGGUCUGUGAAGAACCGUGACCAAUAUGUUGACCCCGAUUGUGGUAUGGCCGCGAUCGAGGAGGCGACAGGAGGAAAGCCAACCGGCAGAUCCGCAGUGGCCCCUGAGCUUAGGAUCCGCGGCCACGCUGCGCGAACGACAAACGUACACUACUCUGAGAGUGACGACUCGGAGGUCGAAUUCUUAGGGAAUAAACGCGUUGAGAAACCGGCUGUCGGACAGAUUCGAAUGGCCAGCAACAUUCAGAUGCCAAACACGCAAAACGGCAGGCCGCGAAGGAACCCUAGACAGAACGGACCAGCCCAACCUCCCCUCCCUCCUGGACCCCCUCCUCCUGGGCCACCAUCUAUGCGAGGGUUAGGUUCAUUCUCGUCACUCCCACGAAAGCCUCCUCCGCGAGACUUCAGAAAUGUUCCCCCACCAUCUCCCCCUCGAGGCCCGCAGGGACAGGGGAGGCCGUACGGCAAUAACGCACCUCCAUCUUUUAAGCCAAGAGGGGGUGGGCGUGGCGGACGAGGAGGACGAGGAGGUCGUGGACGUGGAAGGGGCAGGGGCAAAUAG